CGCGCUUUCUGCUUGCUUGCAGGCAGCACACCAACCAACCCGUGUUCCCCCAACCACACACACCCACUCCAUCCCUGACGCACUCCAUCACCUCCCCGUCACCACCACCACCACCACCACCGCAUAUCGAGACGAGGACAAGCGUUUCACCACCGAAAUCUGGUCGCUUUCCCCUUCUUUUCGCUGGCUGGUGCUGUUGAAUGAUGUUGGCGGUGGUUGCGGUGUCCGGACUAUCAUUGCUCGUGUCCUGUCUGUUUGUUGCGGGCUGUCUCUUUCGAAUACGAGAUGCACGGCGCCGCAAACGAGAGCAAGACCUUGUUGCUCGUGUCAUUGCCCGCACCCAAUCGGAUGCUGCAGACAGGAAGCGUGCCCGCGACGCUGACGCAAGGCUCCAGCUGCAGACCAUCACCACCACGUCGCCAUCCCCAUCAUCGGUAUUGUCAUCAUCAUCAUCAUCAUCAUCAUCUCACCCAACAGUCAACAUGUCGCCGGGCCCACAGACGGCCCCACAACGCCAUCCAACCCUACGACGACCAAACGAUACGCAGCACCGGACCCCAACCGUCAUCUCCACGGAACACCACAACCAUCAACACGACGAACCCAGCAUCGUCUUCACCACGCAGGCCCUCUCCAGCGACGGCUCGGAUAUGAGUGCGUUACCUUUCCCGGGAGCGCACACCUUGCAUCAGGAGUCUGUUGCCGAUGGCGACAACAUUAGCUGGGGCGAUGGCGACGAUGGGGAAGACGAUGAGCUUGCGACCCAUGGCAAUGGAAAGGCGCCCAACUACCAGGAUGGAGAGUACCUGCGGCUGCUUGGCGCGUCUCCCACCUCCGACGUCAUUGUCGCCUUUGAGCAGCAGCAACGACAACAGCAACAACAACAGCAAGCGCAAACACAGAAGAACGCCACGGAAGUGACAUCGUCGGGACGAGGGGCGUUUCACCGCGUCGCUGGCCGCUCGCGAACGCCAUCACCGCUCACGGCUGCCGCCAACCAGCACAACCAAUUUGUGCAGUCAACCCACCAGCGACACAGCCCGGUUCCACUGGGAGCCAACGGCAAGAAGUCCAGCAGCCUGCUCGCCGUGCCCACCACAUUCGCACCGACGCCGGCACUUGCUCGAAGGCCCAGAUCAAGGCAAAACUCAAGCACAGACACGACACCCAGAGCAACACCCACCCCAGUCGUGAAGGUGGAAGGAGAUGACGACGACGACGACGACUACACCGGGUUUGCUGGCAUGGUGUCGGACGAUGAGGCGGACGACGAUGGUGACACGAGAAAUGGCCACGCCAAUGGUCAGCGUUCCAAGCAAGAAGGUGGUCGAAGCGGGCGAGGCAGCGAUGUGGUUGACGAAGAGCUAAUUGCAAUCGCAGAAGCCAUGGUGGUGUCUCGCAAACAACAAGGCAGCACGACAGCGACGAAUGACACACCAACACGGCAAGGGCAGGCCAAAGCCCCCACCCGUUUGCGUCGACAUGGCACCGGCAUCACCGUAACUGCCACCGACAGUGACGAUUGCGGCGAUAAUAAUGCGCAGCGAAAGGCCUCGCUGGAGCAGGAGGAGGAGGAAGCAGAGAACAUGAAUGCGCUUGUGGGUGGCCAGGACGUGUUCAAGAAUCUGCGAAUCACAACAGCAACACCGCCUGCACAGCACCAGGAAUCUGGCCGCCAGUCAUACGUGGAUGAAUCGAGCGAGGAUGAGCUAAGCACCCCAGCCUCCCCAGGAGGUUCGCAAACCCACCUCUCACUGCGGCGGCGUGAGAGCGAGUUGCUUGAGGAAACUUCAGAGGGCGUGCGCUCGUUGGUGCGCAGGGGGAGCACCAUCCGCUUCCAGAAGAAGGUGGACAGCAUGUCCAGUGACACAUCCCGGCCACCAUCUGCCAAGCAGUUCACAAAGUGGAUGGACUGGGUCAACGCUGUGGAGGGCAAUGCGGCUCCAGAUGAUGACUCGAGCCAGCCCGUCUUUCUCGUCACCGUCGACGGCCAGCAGCGCAAACUGAAAAGCAUACUGAAGCGUGGAACGCGUCUGCGUCGAAGGGAUUCCGUGUCUAGGAUUCGCCAAUUCCGGCGCGAAGUUGCGCGCGAGGCCGCGGAAGGACGGACAACUAUUGCAGGUGGCGACAGCACAGGGAUGAUGACCAUCACAGAGGAGGAAGAUGUUGAGACGGAGGAAGGAAUAGUGGGACAAGAGAGCACAACCGGUGAUGACGGCGGUGAUGGCAGUGGUGGUGACGAUGGCCCUGUGCGCAGAGCAACACGGCGGCGAAGACGGUCCACACGCAGGAAGCGCCGGCUCAGUUUCCGUGACCAGGCCGGCACACGGCACGUGCGCACGGAGACAUACGAGCAGACGGCUUCAAAGCAAGUCGUCAUGAACACGCUCGAGCGCAAGCUUGCACAGCGUGCUUCCGUCUCUGAGUUGAUUGAGCGCAGGAUUCUGCUCAAGUUCAACACGACGCCGCAAGUCACCGUUGUCGACGGCAUUUCUUCGCACGAUCGGCAGGCUGAUCCAACCUGGACACGGCUGACAAGAGAGGAAAAGGCUGCCAUUCGCAAGGAGCUCAACAUGUACAAGUGCCGCGAGAUGGAAGUGCAUGAAGACAGCAGACACAUGCUCAGACUGCACGAGGACGGCCCGUCCUACCCCCAGUUCAUCGGCAGGGAAGGAUCACGUGUGACUGUCACGGGAUAUGGCGAGGGCACGCUUCGUUUCUAUGGCCCACAUGCGAUCAAACCUGGCCCGCGCUGCGGUGUUGAGUUGGAUCGCCCCAUUGGUCUCAACAACGGCACCGUGGCCGACUUUCAAUACUUUUCGUGCCGUCCCAAGCAUGGCGUCUUGGUGUCACCUACAAAAGUCACGCUAUUGAACCAGCCAGCAGCAUCGUCAUCAUCGACCAAUUCAACGUAGCGGCUUCUCUCAAGUGUCUCUGUUUAGCUUGUAGUUGAAGUAGUCCAGGUGUGUGCAUGGUUUGCUUGGUCGUUUGUCUUCGUGCUUUGUUUCUUUGCUUGUGUUACCUUGCCUUGGUUGUCGAUUGUGAUUGACAUCACGUAGCUGCAUGUAAUUGUAUUGUACUCGUAGCGUCCGUUAUUAACAGAGAGAAAGAGAGUAAAUGAGGCAAACCAAAG